AUGGCAAAUAAAAAUGAUUUUUUGUCUUGGGAUGAAGAUUUAAAUUUAGAUGAAAUACUAGGUGACUAUACAGAUGCAUAUUUCGAUGAUAGUGAUUCUGAUUUUGCCUCCGAAACAGAGCCUAAAACCAAGACCGUACCUCAGACUGGUUAUAUUUGCCCACAUUGCGCUAAAGUUUUAAAAACCAUUGCCGGUUUUAGAGGUCAUGUAAAUAAACAACACAUGGACACAACAACCAAAGCUGCAUCAUGCAAGAUCGGGGGGGCGGGAACUUCUAAGACGCUGUCCUCCGGGGAUGCAGUGACGGAUGAGGACUUCAAGACAGCUUACGAAAACUGUAUCAAUACAAUAGCCGGCGACCCUAUCCUCCAAAUGUGCCCCGACGUUGCAGCUGCGGCAGACACUGCACGCGGUAAUUCCGAAAUAAUGAAAUUCUUUUUGUCAAUUUUCAGUGUGAUAGUUUGCUUAAAUAACAUGACCCUAGCCAGUUGUCGGGAAACAAUGUAUCGUAAGGUUCACGAAUUUAGACUUUGUAAUAUUGCCAAAAUGAAAUAUGAAGAUCUGUUCCUCCAGGCUGGUUGCAAUCUAAAGGAUGGUGUAAAUACCUUUGUACAAAUAUUCUCUGUUGAAAUAAUUGGCGAACUCAUUAAAACCAAACUUGAAAAAAAGAUGAUGUGUAGCAAAACCAAAGUCAGCGACCGCGAUCAAGAGAUUCUGUAUUAUAUUUGUGGAUACAUUGCAAAAUCUUUACAAAAAAAAUAUUUGAAAAUAAAAAAUGAUGCCAAAAGACAGUUAAGGCUUUCAUGCAUUGAAAUCUUAGUGAAUAAGACUGCAGAUGAAGGAACAUUUAUGCACAAAUAUUCUCAUUGGACAACACGGACAUCGAGAGGAGGGCUAAAUCACCCGAAGGAAAAAAUGUUUUUGAUUAUUAGAGAAUUUGAAAAUAUCAUACGGACACAUGUCGAUCAGGAAAACUUAAAUGGAAAUUCUCUACUUUGUGAUACAUUAAAAGAAAACUUAUUAGACAGUAUUAUUGUAAAAACAUACUCAGAGGAACUUUUUUCAUGUAUUACAAAUAAUUAUGUGUGUGUUGUUGAAAAUAUGGCAACUUUGUUUUUAACAAUUAGGGGAUAUGCAAUUACCAAGCACUUUAGGAAUGAAAAAAAAAUCACCAAACAGAAGUCCGUUAGUUUGAGGGGUGGUUUUAAAAAGGGUCGUACAGGAUUUGUGUGA